CCUAUAAGGUUAAAGAUUCAUUUGCAAACGAUGAUUGCUGUAGACUCUUGCAAUAAAUGAUACUAGUCAUUUGUUGAACGACUUAUUCCAAUUCUCUGAUUGGCUAUAAAGCACCCUACACAAACUUUGCGGCCAACAUGGCUGGCCCGCGUCCACUUCGGCCGGCCAACUCUGCGUCGCAAAGUGUGUUCAACGAAAGUGCCUGGAAUACCAACAAGCCGCUUGCCGUGUCCUUGUCACAUGCCACGUGAAUUAUCGCAUUAUACGGGACGGGACAGCCUCGGCUACACCAUGCGGGCAUUAGUCUUGGUUAGAACAGGGGAAACUCAGGUGCUGUCUGAUUCGACAGCCAACCACCUCAAACGCGGCAAACUCGAUAUGCGGUGGUUUCACCAUCAUGCCGCGUCCCGUCACAGAGCGACUCAAGGCUCCUUUCUUAGCCAGAGCGCCACAUCUUUCUGCACUUAUAUGGCUGUUUCCUGCGAUGCCGUUCCUAAUCGUUCUUAUUAGAUAUGGCUCUCAUCCAAGAUCAUUUGCCUCCACCAGACUACGCGUCGCGGGCACUACCUCUGAUUGCCUUGCAGGUGGUUUUGGUGGUUUUUGCCUCAGUUUUCUAUGGCCUUCGAAUAUACACACGCGCUCGUAUUCUCGAUACGAUAGGCACUGAUGACUGGCUCAUGGGCGCUGCGCUAUUUUUCAGUUUUGCACUGGCUGUUAAUACCUGUGUCGGUACUAAAUUCGGCUGGGCCAGACACCUCUCUGCAAUCCCGCGGGAAAACCUAAGCCCUAUUCUUCAAAACAUCUUUGCUUCCGAGAUUUUGUUUACUCUCACGACAUCACUCGUGAAGAUCUCCAUCCUCUUCCUUUACCUCCGUAUCGCGGUCACUAAGCCCUGGAAAAGAGUGAUAUACGGCAGCAUUGCAUUUAUUGUCAUCUGGACUAUCGCGUUUUGCGCUCUUAUCAUCUUUCAAUGUAAUCCAGUGAGCGAUUACUGGGAUCCGAGUUCUAAGAAUUGUUACCCUGCUGAAAUAGCUCUUUUCUUGCAUGGACUUACCAAUACAAUUACGGACAUUUACGUCUAUGUCUUGCCCAUGAGACUGGUCUGGAAAACAAACUUACCAAAACGCAAGAGACUUGAACUGGUUGGCAUCUUUGGAGCUGGGUUCUUGGUCUGCGUUGCUGGUGGGAUACGGUUAUAUUACACGAUUGCCACCCAGACGUCUGACGAUAGCACUUGGGUGGGCUACUACAUGUAUACCUGGGAAGCCAUAGAGGUGAACCUAGGUAUAGUCUGUGCAUCCGCACCUCCUCUUAAGGCGCUCACCCAACGCAUCCUCCAAAAGCACUUCUCGCCUUGCACGGAUAGCACUCCUAGUGUGGGCAAUUACCAAAUGAGCUCAAGACAGAACCGCCACCGCAAUACUUUUAGAGCAAAAACAAAAGGCCCUAUUGGGGAUGAUGUUAAUAGUGCAAGAGAGAUGGAUUGGGUAGAUAACGAGAGUCAGGAAAACCUAGCAAAAGUACAUCUGUACAAGGUUGAUGCGACUCAGCGUGUCUAACAUAAACGAAACGAACAUUUAAUUAGUUGUGAAGAGAUAUUAUUUUAGCUUGGGCCUCGUCUUGAUGAAUGGAUAAACAAGACAUCCAUAGACUGGAAAAUGAGCCAAAUGAGGCUUCUCGGUCCAAUCUAUUUAGCAGAUAUCCUGCCGCACUGAAGAUUUCAGGUCAGAGAUAUCUUGGCAAUGAGCCACUCAUUGCAGUAGGGCGGUUUAUGAGCGUCUUUCCUAAACGCCCGCUUGCAAUAUUCGAUUCAUGUGUAUGAGGGCAUCAAUCAACUCUUAGUCCCCUUUUCUUAUGCCAUUUGCUAAAGUCUCCAUCUAAUGGCAAUGAACGAUCAUUAUCCAUGCGGAUAUUUCGAAUUCUAAACUCAUACU